CAAAAAACCCCCUCCCAUCCGUCACAAUGGCCCCCGUUGCUGCCCGUGGUCGCAAGGCCCAGAAGGUCACCAAGAAGUAUGUCAUCAACGCUUCUCAGCCCGUGAGCGACAAGAUCUUCGACCUCUCUGCUUUCGAGAAGUUCCUCCACGACCGCAUCAAGGUCGAGGGCCGUGUCGGCAACCUCGGUGACAAGGUCGUCAUCUCCCAGGCUGGUGACGGCAAGGUCGAGGUUGUUGCUCACAUCCCCUUCUCUGGCCGCUACCUGAAGUACCUCACCAAGAAGUACCUCAAGAAGCAGCAGCUCCGUGACUGGCUCCGUGUCGUCUCCACCUCCAAGGGUGUCUACGAGCUCCGCUUCUACAACGUCGUCAACGACGAGGGCGAGGAGGAUGAGGAGUAAAUUACUCCUUCCGGAAUGACAACAACCAAAAAAAUCCAAAAAUGACCGGAUGACAAGUGUGCUCGCGUCAGGGGGUUGCCAAUAAAUGGGAGCGAUAUCUGAAUUGAGGGUUAUCACUUGGAUGUCUGGUUUGGGUAUAGAUGUGUUCUACAAGGAGGGAUUCCUAU